AUGGCUUCAAAGGACAAUCAAGUGCUUGCUUUAACAGAGGAGGAUAAUGAUGAGGAUGAGGAUGCUGUAACAGAUUGGCCAAAUGGAGAGUCAAUGAAAGAGUGCAACAAGAUUAUUUUGCAGCAUCCUAGUAUCAACAAGCUUCCUGACCAGUUGAAUUGUCCACAGCUUUUUCUUUUCUUUUUAUUAAGCAAGGAUCUCUCCUUGACUUUACCGGAUAACUUCUUCAAGGAAGCAAAAAGUCUUCAAGUCUUAGAUUUGACUCGCAUGCAUUUUUCUUCUUUACCUUCAUCAAUUGGUCUCCUAACUAGCCUCAGUACAUUGUGCCUAGAUUGCUGCAAUUUGGGAGAUAACCUAACCAUUAUUGGAGCUCUCAAGAGCUUAAAUGUGCUUAGCCUUGCUGGAUCUGAUAUCAAAAUUGUACCCAAGGAAAUUGGGCAGUUGUUGAAGCUAAAGUUGUUAGAUGUAAGUGGUUGUACUAAACUCAAAACAAUUUCAGCUGACGUGUUGCCAAGUUUGUCAAAAUUAGAAGAAUUAUAUAUGGGUGGCACUUCUAUUCAAUGGGGACAACCCAAUGCUAGUCUUGCUGAACUGAACACACUCUCUCAUUUGUCCACUUUAGAAGUUCAAAUUCCGGACGCCAAGGCUGCCCCAGAGGACUUCUUUCAAAAGUUGCAAAAGUUGGAAAGAUACAAGAUUUUCAUAGGAAAGGAAUGGGAGCGGUUUGGCAACUCUCAAUAUUCAAGAACCUUAAAACUCAGGCUAAACAAAAGCAUUGAUGAUUUGGAUCAUGGAAUUAAGAAGUUGGUAAAGAGAACUCAAUAUUUAGAAUUGGAUGAAUUGAAAGGUGUAAAGAUUGCACUGAAGGAUUUAAUAGAUGAGGAAAGGUUAUCACAUUUGCAGAAUCUGCAUAUCCAAAAUGGUUUGGAUAUUGAAUCUAUCACUAAUGAUAGAAAUGAAUUUCCGGGAUUGCAGUCCUUGACAUUGCAGGGUCUUCCUCAACUCGUUAGCUUUUGCUCUCAAGACAAAAUCGAUGCUACCUCAUUGCCUCAACGUGAAUUGCCACUUUUCGGAGAAAAGAUAUCGUUCCCUUUCUUGGAGAAAUUGCAGUUAUCAUCGCUUAAUGUUACAAGGGUAUGGCAGAACCAGUUGUCAAAUGUAUCUUUUUACACUCAUGAGAAGUUAACCACAUUGAAAAUCGAGGGUUGUGGAAACAUAAAAUACCUGUUAUCAUUUUCUAUGGCUAAAUAUCUAGUUCAUCUCAAAUAUUUUGAGGUAACUAAGUGCAACUGCUUAGAGGAGAUAAUCCUUUGGGAGGAUAUAGAAGAAGAAACUCAGGUUGCCAUGACUUUAUCAUUAUUUCCUCAGUUAAAGUCCUUAGAGCUAAAGGAUCUUCAGCAUUUGCGUGGAUUUUGCUUCAAUUCUCAAAAUAAAGUUAUUGAAUUUCCAUUUAUGAAGUCAAUGACGAUAUACAACUGUCCAAACUUGGAGGGCUUCAUAUGUAGAUAUACAAGGGAAGGGAACCAACGAAUCUCUAGUCAAGGUGAUCUGUUUGACAAUAAGGUUGCAUUUCCCAAUUUGGAGAAAGUGAUUAUUUCCUUCUUGAGAAAGAUGAAGAUGAUAUGGCGGAACCCACUUCCACCAAAUUCAUUUCCCAAACUACAAGUAUUGGUUGUUAACGGAUGUGAUGAGUUGUUAACCAUUUUUCCAUCUAAUAUGCUGAUAACAUUUCAAAGGUUGCACCGUCUAUUCGUAGGGAAUUGUGGUUCCUUACAACAAGUAUUUGAAAUCAUGCAUGAAGAAAACGAAACCGCUUUGCCUGCAACCGCUCAACUAAGAGAAUUGCAUCUUAUUGAAUUACCAAAGUUGAAAUAUAUUUGGAAAAGUGAUCCCAAAGGAAUUUUUUCAUUUAAAAAAAUCUGUGCAAUAACUGUUUGUGACUGUCAAAGUUUGAAGAAUGUAUUUCCAGCCUCAAUAGCCAAAGACCUACCAAAACUUGGUUAUCUUGCAAUAUCUCAUUCUGGGGUGGAGGAGAUUGUUUCCAAAUUAGAGGAAGGAUCAGAUUCAGAAACAGCAGUCAAUUUCGAGUUUGAUCAACUAUACGACCUUGUACUUUGGAGGCUACCAGAAUUGAAAUGUUUCUACCCGGGUAAGCAUACUGCAAAGUGGCCACUGUUAAGCAAGUUGGAAGUAGUUGAGUGUGGGAAAAUGAAGAUAUUGGGUACACAUCUGAACACUAACAAUGGACAACUUGACUCCCCAAUCCAUCCACCACUUUUCUUGGUUGAAAAGGUCAUCCCUAAGCUACAACAUUUGACAUUAGAUAGUGAUUACAUUGCAAUGAUAAGUGAUGGUCAAUUUUCAAGCAGCCCUUUCCAUGAAAUAAAAGUUUUUGAAGUGCAUGGCCACGCUGCAAAAUCAAUUUAUUUCCGAAUUUCUUUCCUUGAGAGAUUCCACACUCUUGAAAGCCUUAUUAUCACUUAUUGUGAAAUAAAAGAGCUAUUCUGUUCUGAAAGAGAUACCGGUAAUGAGGAGAUGUAUGCUGGGCGUUUGUCAACAAUUAGAAACUUAAAAUUGGUAUCUCUUAAUACUCUAAACAAUUAUUUAUGGAAGCAAGAUGUACAAGUGGACCACAUUCUACCCAAACUUGAGACUCUUGAAGUUCACGAUUGUGAUAAUUUGAUCUGCUUAGGAUCAUCCUCAGCAUCAUUUCAAAAUCUCACCACAUUGGAUGUGUGGAAUUGCGAAGCAAUGAAAUACUUGGAUACAUGUUUAGCAGUCCAAGGUAUGGCCCAACUUAAGAAGUUGAGGGUUAGAGACUGCAUUUCAAUGAAGGAAAUAGUUGCAACUGAGGGAGGUGAAGCAACUUGUGACAUUAUUUUCAGCAGGCUGAGAAGUUUGGAACUUGUGAAUCUACCGCGACUUAAGAGCUUUUGUUCUGGCAGCCACACAUUAAGAUUCCCAUGUUUACAGGAAUUAAUUGUAAGUGGUUGCCCUGAAUUGGAGAUAUUUUGUAAGGGAGUUUUAAGUAAUCCACCAUUAUUGCAAAAAGUAGUAUGUGGAAAAGAUAAUGGACAUUGGUGUAGUGACCUUAACAACACCAUCCAAGAAAUUUAUUCAAUAAAGGCUGGGUUCCAAGCUAUCGAGUAUUUAGUCCUCUCUGAUUUUUCCAGGUCAAUUGAAAUAUGGAAGGAGAACGUUCAUGGAAGUUUAGAUUUCAAGAACCUUAAGGUUUUAGAAGUUUAUGAGUGUAAUACCAUGAUAUACAUAUUUAACGUAUCCAUGGCUUUAGAUCUUGUGCAACUACAAGACAUAAAAGUGAAACAAUGCCCUAUGAUGGAGCAGAUUAUCAAAGGAGCAGAGGAAACUGAAAUGGAUAUACUCUUGUUACCCGAGCUUCGGGAGAUAAGACUUGAGUCAUGUUCAAGGUUGACAAGUUUUUUUAUGGGAAGUAGUACCCUGGAAUGUCCAUCUUUAUUAAAAAUCGCAGUCAAUGAUUGCCCAAAGAUGUAUGCAAUGGCAUCUACAAGGGAGCAAGAGGAUAUAGAGAUACUUGGCAGAGAAAAGACACCCUUUUUCAAUCAUAAGGUUUUGUGUGCCCACUUGAAGUACUUGAAGCUAUCAUCAACUAAGAUCAAAAAAUUAUGGCCUGAUAAACCAGACAGGGCUAUAUCCUCUAAUGUGCUUAACUUACAAUUCUUAUUUGUGAAGCGUUGCCACAAUUUGGAAUAUCUAUUCCCAUCCUUUUUAGUCAAAAAUUUUGAGCGGCUCCUUCUACUUAGCCUUCACAAUUGCGAGAACAUGGAAGAAAUAAUCUUUACAGAUGGAUUAGCAGCCACAGCAGAAGAUGGGAUACCUCAGAUUUACUUGUUCACAAAGCUAUAUUUCCUGAUUCUCGAUGGGCUUCCAAAACUAAGGACAUUCUGCCAUCAAGAAAACUCAGAGACCAAUACUCUCUUCAACCAAAAGGUUGCGUUUCCUAGCUUGUGCCGUUUGAUAAUUGCAGGCAUGGGAAAGUGUAGAAAGAUAUGGCAUGAUAAACUCACUAAGGAUUCAUUUCAUGAAUUAACCAUUCUUGCGGUGAAACAGUGUGACAAACUUUCAAAUGUUUUACCAUUUGAUAUGGUGGAAAGACUUGAAAAACUAGAAGCUCUGGAAAUAUCGGAAUGUGAGUCGGUAGAAGAAAUAAUUGGACUCGCUGACGAUCGUGGACUCAACUCAAAUGAAUCAAUUGAGCUCAAAUCAACUACCAAGUUUCUGUUUCCUAAAAUAAGACAGCUGAUACUUCAUAAGCUACCCAAAUUGAAGGGUUUGUACUCCAAGGUGCAUACUACAGAUUGGCCAUUGUUAAAACAAUUGGAGGUGUGUGAAUGCAGCAAGGUGGAGACAUUCGCUGGGGAGUAUAUCAACUUUAGAGAAACACAAGAAGAGAACCACUCCGUUAUCCCUGUUCAACAACCCCUAUUUUGGGUCACUAAGGAAACAUUCCCCAAUUUAGAAGAAUUGGUUUUGGCUCGGAAUGGCAAUAUGAAGGUAUGGCAUGGACAUGGAGCAGACCCGAAACAAUAUUGUCCCAAACUAAGAAAGUUUGAUUGUCCCGAAACAUGAAUUACUAUCUCAGAUUGUUUCAUUUAGUCAUUACCAAAUCUUGAAUACCUUUCUUUUGGCAAAGGGCUACCUUCAAUGAAUUAUUUCCAUGUGAAGGAGUAAGAGAUGAAAACGAACGUGCAGGAACACUUGCUUGCUUGAAGGAGUUAAGGUUGUAUUAUCUUCCUGAGUUGACACAUAUCUAGAAGAGCAAACUAUCACUUGCAGAAGUUUUCUACAAGUGUUGGGAUGCGGAAAAUUAAAGAAUUUAGUGCCAUCUUUUUUGUCAUUCAAGCAUUUGACAACUGUAGAGGCAUCAAAAUGCCAUGGAUUCAGAAAUUUAGUAGCUUUCACAAUAGCUAAAAGCAUGGUGUAACUCACAAGAAUGAGUGUUACUGAUUGCCAAAAGUUAGAAGAAACCAUAGCUUUUCUACACUGAUGAAGUCAUGGAUGGCAUCGUUUUCUCCCAACUCAAGUCUUUAGAACUUGGUAGUCUUUCAAGGCUCUGCUCAGAGAAUUAUACCUCAGCAUUCUCCACUUUGACAUCGGAAGCCGCUUGUUAACAGUUUUGAGAUGAGAUUCCAAGUCUUUUUGAGUAAAAAUAAGCUUAAUUGGUUUUGCUGAUGUUGUGAAUAUAAUUAGAUAUGUAGUGUUAGUUUACUUCUUCCCCUAGUUAAACACUUGUAACUAGUAAAUAUGUAUGAUAUUCUUACGUGUAAACUGAUAAGUGGUUCCCUCAAAUACUCCUUUUGUCACAAUUGAAUUAGUGAGUCAUACUUGUACUUAAUUGAGAACGAACAUUGUGAAGGGUUGAGAAAAUGAUUUAAGAGGACAAAUGCCAAUCUUAUGAUCACUAGUGGCACUGGCAUUAUUUUCUUAGGAUAGAAAGAAACAACUCAGAGAUUCGCUUUCCAACUCUUUCCAUUGAAAGGUAAUGUCCCAUUUUUGUUUUCUUGUAUCAUUGCUUUCUUUCAUGUCUUUUUUAUUGUUCAUUUUUGUUAAAUAUUUGAUUCCCUAUUCUUGUUGUACUACUUGUUUUUCUCUAGCAAACUAACCUUGCUUAGAGGAACAGAGCAUCACGGGUGUGGGAAACUGGAGAAAGAUAUGGCACAACCAGUCAACUAACUUUGUGAGUCUAUAUCUUACAUAUGUGUUUGAUUGAAGGGGGAAAAACAUAACUUUGGAAUACCUUUUUCCAUUUUAAUAUUAGGGGAUGAAUGAUGAAAUUACAGCGGAUGCAAAUAAUAAACAUGCCAACAAUUUACAUGCAGCGACAAUCACUCAAUCCAUUGCUAUUCAUAUGGAAGAGUUUCAGCUCAAGGAUACAAACUACAGAAAGGCCAAUAUUGAAGGAAAAGUGGAGAUAUUUGCUUUAGAAAAGUAUGAGUUUCAAAGAAUCACAGAAAUGAUUUUGUGUUGCAUGAGUGUUAAAAAUAUCAUGCUUUUAGUUUUGAGCUUAAGCAUAAAAUGUAGUUUAAUGGCAGAAAUUGAUUAUUUCACUUAUCAUUUUGGCACAGUCGCUUUAUAAAGAGUUAUGGGAGAUGCCCCUUUCAUUGCGAGUUCAAAUGCUGUCUACUAGCUGCUGCUCAGUUGCAGCCAUAUUCAUUGAUCUAAAGUUGGUAUUUCACUUCCUAGCCAUGUUACUCCAACUUUGAGUUUGAAUGUCAGUAACAAUGAUAUGUUCCAUUUCUUUUA